ACGUUAUGACGGAUGUGGUAGGCCGACCGUUUCCAUUUUUCUACUUUCAGUUUAAGUAAUUACAAUGGCUUUGUGGCUUCGCAUAUUGUUGGCAAAGCAUUGACAUUUGUUGUUUUGGGGGUACGAGCUUAAACAAUGGCCUCAAGAAGUGAGAAAACUCCGUUGCUUGGUCAGCAUGGCAACCAAGGGCCAGCCGCUACUAAGCUGAAACCUGCAGUUGCCGGGUUCCAGUCGGAGGAGGACGACCUUUCGUCGCUAUGCGACGUCGACAUCACUGAAGCUCAGAAAAAAGAUAAACAACUAUAUGCUAAGUUUGAAGGACCGAGUUCUGGGAGUCACUUAUCUGGUGCGUUGGGGACGAGCAGCGGUAGCACCACGGCAGUUGAUAGCAAACGCAGAAAACCAUUCCAUUAUUCCUCCGUGCCCACCUACCUGACCGAUGAUGGCAAGAUUGAGCACGCUGUGGAUGAGAAGACGGCAGCCACAUUUAACCGUUAUCGCUACUACAGCAGGCUGGCUGGUAGCCCCGGCCAACGCAACAACACACUGGAAAUCCCAGACCAUGUUCUUCCUCCGUUUCUUCUGUCUGUCGAGUUGCCGUUCAAAGACAAGGAAGGAAAGCAGGGUAGCAUUGUAACAAUUUUUUCCAUCUGGAACACCAUGAUGGGUACGUCCCUACUCAGCAUGCCCUGGGCCAUCCAGCAGGCUGGUUUCCUGAUGGGUCUGUUUCUAUUGGUCGCAAUGGCAGGGCUGACUCUGUAUACUUGCUACAGGGUGGUGAAGUCUGUACAGAGAUUGGAGAGUGGAGGCAAGAUGUUAGAGUUCUCAGACGUCUGUCGGGAGUACCUUGGAAGGCCAGGGGAGUACGCGGCAAUUUUCUUCUCCCUGGCUGCCCUGCUAGGGGCCAUGGUUGUCUACUGGGUCCUGAUGUCUAACUUCAUGUACAGCUCUGUCAGCUUUAUCUAUGGGCGUGUGUUAGGACUGGAGUCGACUGAGAAUGAUACAAUUUGUGCAGUAGAUCUCCCUGGCGGUAACGGCGAAGCUUGGCAGAAUGUCAAUAUGACAAUCAUUGAUCGUGAUGAUGCCACCGAGACGAUGUUUGCCAAGGUCUGGAGUAAGACUCACACAGUGCCUCUGUUUCUAUGCAUCCUGGUCUUCCCGCUCAUGAACUUCAAGUCCCCAACGUUCUUCACUAAAUUCAAUGCUCUCGGAACCCUAUCGGUGCUGUAUCUCAUCAUUUUCAUAAGCGUUCAGGCCUUCAGAUUCGGCGGAUUCCAUUUGGACUUCAACAAUCCCAGAUCUAAGCAUUACGCAGCCUUCUUCAGUGGCCGUUUCCCAGCGUUCAGUGGGCUGUUGUCGCUAGGCUUCUUCAUCCAUAACGCCAUCUCUUCCAUCCUCCGAGCUCAGAGUCAUCCGGAGCACAACGGCCGUGACAUGACCAUUGCGUACGUCCUGGUGGCAGUGACGUACACGUUUGUGGGUGUGAUGUUCUACAGCACCUUCCCGCUCAGAAAGGAUUGCCUUGCUGAUAAUCUACUGGAUAACUUCUCCCACAGCGAUGUACUAGCCUUCACUGCCAGGCUGUUCUUGCUCUUCCAAAUGGUGACGCUCUUCCCUCUGCUAGUCUUCAUCUUCAGGAUCCAGUGUCUGGACCCUCUGUUUAAGAGUGCUUAUCCCAGCUGGAAGCACGUCCUUGUUCUCAACCUCAUACUGAUGACCGUUGCAGUACUCUUUGCAGUCUUCCUACCUCAGAUUGGGACCAUUAUCAGGUUUUCGGGAGCCUUCUGUGGCCUAGCCUACAUCUUCACUCUACCCUGCGUGGUGUACCUGCUGGAGCUGAGGCAGCAGGGUCGCCUGACGUGGUACAUCGUAGCCAUCCACGCCUGCAUCAUUGCCAUUGGGCUGGCCAACUUCAUCGCACAGUUCUUCCUCCUAUGAUUGAUUGGUAUGGUCCGGUUAGGAGUUCAUUCACACAGAAUCUGAUUAAUGAGAUUCGGCAUGGGAAGAGAAUAGAAUGUACUAGUUCCGAUGGGCCAGUUUACACAUCUUAAAUGCAUAUCUUGGACGACAG